AUGGUGAAGCAGUGGCCGCACACGUGGCAACCGCCCAUGCGAAAGCCAUGGAGAGUGGAAAAGUAUCCUCCGAGGUUGUUCCAGGGAAGCGAAUGGGACGAAGCUUCCCGUGAUAUUUGGGACAAAUAUUCGCGCAAUAAACAGAAGCAAACUUCAUACGAGAAAAAAGUAAACAUCUGCCGAAUGCUUUCUAGCGUGUUGGAGCCUGUGCACCCAGGGUACAUGUUCCUUGUGACUGGGUCGACGCUGAAUGGGUUUGGGACUGAAAGGAGCGACCUGGAUAUCUGCUUACUGGUCGACGACAGCAACGCUACGUCCCGAGACGAGGCACUUGCGCAUCUCAAAAGAAUCAAACAAACGCUCGAAAAUGAUCCUUCCAUGACGAAGCGUGCGGAAUUGAUCUUGGCAAAAGUGCCGAUUCUCAAGUUCCGUGACGCUCGAUGGGAUGUUGAAGUGGAUAUCAACUGCAACAGCAAUGUAGCAAUCCGCAACACCCAUUUGCUGUAUUGUUACUCCAUUUGUGAUUGGCGGGUGCGGCCGCUCGUUACCAUUGUCAAACUUUGGGCAGCAAGACAUCGCAUCAAUGACGCAAAGAACAUGACUAUCUCCAGUUAUUCUUUGGUAUUGAUGGUCAUCCAUUUCUUGCAGUGUGGCGUGUCGCCGCCUGUGCUUCCGUGUCUGGGCGAGCUGUAUCCAGACAUGUUUUCGUGGCAGCGCCAUGUACUCGAGAUAGACGUCCAUCAACCGCCGCCAGAAUAUUUUCAGUCAAUGAACAACCAGCCAUUGGGAAAAUUGCUCUUAGAUUUUUUUCAGUAUUACCUUCAAUUUGAUUACUCCCGUUUUGCAUUAUCAGUACGACUAGGUACUAAAAUUCCUAUAGAAGAAUGUCAGUUAGCUCAAGAGGUAAAUAAUGGGGUAAGGCAGAAGCCAUUGUUAUGCAUUGAAGAGCCAUUUGAGCGAACAAAUACUGCAUAUGCAGUUCAUAAUCAUGAAGUUUUUGGUAGAAUUACUGCGGUGUUCCGCAAUUCAUAUUCAGAGCUUAAGAAGACAAAACAUCUGUCUAGCAUUUUCAAGCGAGUCCCUCAAUUAACGUAUUAG